AUGGCAGCUCAAGAAAAUCGUAUAGCCUACAUUGUGCGUAAAGGUGAAAUGCUUGAAAAACAUAUAGAAAAUUUAAACAAAUAUAUAAGUUCACCACAAGUUAACAACACUGUUAACGCAAAUCUGCGAUUGGCAAAUGUUUCAAGUCUAUACAAAGACUAUAUGAAAUACAAUGAUGAACUCAUGUUGUUAAAGGCUGAUCAUCCCCGCUUUGUUUUUUUUUUUGAAAUAGAAGCUAAUUACUACGAAGUAGCUACACAGAUAAAUAAAAUGCAAAACAUUAUUCAAAAUUCAUCGCAAAAUGCUAGCAAUGUUACUAUAAUUGAGCGGCAAGAUAUGCCGAAAUUACCGACAGUAAAAAUUCCAACUUUCGACGGUUCUCGAGAAAAAUGGCUGACUUAUAAGAAUAAGUUUAUUGCCUUGGUACAUUCUCGAACAGAUAUAAGUAAUUUAGUAAAACAUACACAACUAGAAAGUUCGCUGUCCGGACCCGCGCUCAGUAAAAUUGCGGAAUUUCCGGCUAGUGAAGAGAAUUAUUCUCGUGCGUGGCAAGCGUUACUCGAUUCGUACGACCAAAAGCGUAUUAUGGUGUCUGAACAUCUCGAUGCUAUUAUUGAUUUACCAUUUAUAACAAAGUCAUCUGCAACAGAAUUAUCAUCAUUAAUGGAUACUGCUCGACAACAUGCCAGUAUGUUAGAACAAUUGGAAGUUAAAUCAAUUGACCAACUGAUCAUCAGACAUAUUGAAAGAUGUCUACCAGCAGCUACGCGAUCAAGAUGGGAAGAACGAUUAGAUGUGAAUACGUUGCCGACACUGAACGAGCUGUACAAAUUUGUUCAAGCGUCCAUUUUCAAAUUACAUUCUCUAGAAAGGAAUAAUAUAGUGACUCGUAGCGCAACAAAAAAAAGAUUAGGAGAAAAUUCAGAUAAAUCUCAAUAUAAACAGCCAAGAUUGAAUGGACAAACCUUUGUCACCUCCACGUCUACUUCAUGUCCGAAAUGUCUAGAUAAACAUCGACUUUAUCAAUGCCCAGCUUUUGAAAGAUUGAAUAUUCCAGAUUGUUGGGAAUUCAUAAAAACUCAACAUUUAUGUCCUUAUCCAGUUGAUUCACAAUUGAUGACCACGGCGGUAGUAAAUUUUAAAAAUAGACAUGAACAAUUAGUUGCAGCUCGUGUUUUAUUGGAUUCGUGCUCAACAGUGAAUCUAAUGACAAAACGGUUUGCAGAAGCAUUAAACUUACCCAAGCAAAAUUGUAUGGUCAAUAUAGGAGCACUCAACGGUUUAGAUUUUUUAAUAGUGCCAACUAUAGCAGAUUUCAUUCCUAACGAACCUUUUCCUCGUGAAUUAUUUAAUAUACCAAAGAAUAUUCAAUUGGCGGAUUCACAAUUUCAUAGCCCUAAACCCAUUGAUGUUUUAUUGGCUUCAAGAACGACACUUUCCGUUUUAGCGGUUGGUCAAAUCAAAUGUGAACAUGAUGAAACUGAAAUUGUGUUGCAAAAAACCCGUUUAGGAUGGGUAGUAGCUGGUGGAUCGGAAAAUAUGGACAAUCGCAAAAACUCGUCGUGCAAUAUCAUCAAAUUAGAUAAGAUUAUUGAACAAUUUUGGACGAUCGAAGAUCUUGAUCAUGAACCUUCGAAAACACGAGACGAAUUAGUUUGUGAACGACAUUACAGUGAACAUACUGAACGAAAUAGUACAGGCAAAUAUAUCGUGCGUUUACCAUUUCGAGAUAAUGUGUCUCAAUUAGGAGAAUCUCGACUACACGCCCUUAAGCGGUUUCGCAAUCUCGAAAAAACAUUUAAAUUCAAGCCUUUUCUUCGAAAGGAAUAUGAACGAGUUAUGAACGAAUACAUUUCAUUGGGACAUAUGUCAAGAUGUGACGAUUCAAGUGAAGGAUAUUUCUUACCUCAUCAUGCAGUUAUCAAAGAAGCUAGCGAGACGACUAAGGUCAGAGUAGUAUUUGAUGCCUCAGCUAAAACAUCGACUGGUAUUUCUUUAAAUGAUGUGCUCAUGGUAGGCCCAACUAUUCAAGACACCAUUAUGGAACAAUUGCUUCGAUUCCGAACACAUCGUUAUGUAAUCACUGCUGAUAUUGAAAAAAUGUAUCGGCAAAUUUUAAUUCAUCCCGAUGACAGAAAGUUUCAAAAAACUUUUUGGUACGAUCAAGGUAAAAUAAAACCAUUUCAAUUAAAUACAGUUACAUCUGGUACAGCAUCGGCUCCAUACUUAGCAAUUCACACGAUUCAACAGUUGGCUCGAGAUGAAGCUAAGGAAUUUCCGAAGGCAAGUCAAUUGUUACUUCGAGACUUUUACGUGGAUGAUUUUAUUUCUGGAGCCAAUUCAAUAGAAGAAAUAACAACAAUCCGAGAUGAAAUGAUCGAAUUAUUGAGUCGUGGUGGUUUUACCAUAAGACAGUGGGCUUCCAAUCACGAAUCAGCUUUAGAAAAUCUAAAUAAUAAAUUGUUCAACCUGGAUUGCGUCAUCAAAGAAAAUCCUAUUCAUAAACUCCUAUUCAAAUACACAGUGGCAUCGAUAAAUUUAAAUAAAAUACACACUAAACGUGCUGUUUUGUCAGAAAUAUCAAAAAUUUUUGAUCCUCUAGGAAUGCUGGGACCAGUAUUACUAUAUGCAAAGGUGCUCAUGCAAGAUUGUUGGAAGGCGGGAGUCAAUUGGGACGAGUCUCUGCCUCAGGAAAUUCAAACCAGGUGGUCUUUAUUAGCGAAUCAAUUACCUUUAUUACAAAGCUUUACAAUACCUCGUCAAUGUUUGAUUAUCGAUCCAGUAAACGUAGAGAUACAUGGAUUCUGCGACGCUUGUAUUCGUGGAUAUGGCGCAUGCAUAUUCGUCAGAUCUACUGAUUCGAGAGGAAAGGUGAUGGUGCGUUUGUUAUGUAGCAAAUCCAGAGUAGCGCCUUUAAAGGGUAUAACUAUACCACGCCUUGAGUUAUGUGCAGCAUCGUUAUUAAAGAAAUUGUACGAAAAAAUAAGGUUACAAUUAACAUUUAAAAGAGAUCGAAGGAUUUUUUGGUCAGAUUCUACAAUAGUGCUUAGUUGGAUUAAAAAGGCACCGCAUCUUUUACGGACUUUCGAAGCAAACCGAGUCAAAGAUAUUCAGUCAUUAGGAAACGAAAUUCAAUGGAGACAUGUACGAUCUGAUGAUAAUCCGGCAGAUCAUCUUUCUCGUGGACAAUUACCUUCUGAAUUUUUAAGAAAUUCUCUCUGGACUAACGGUCCUGUGUGGUUAUCAAAACCUGAGGUUGAUUGGCCUGAAGAAUCAAACGUACAAUUAAAGGAGCUUCCUGGACUAAAAUUAGCAACAUGUUUAUUAUUAAAGAAACAGAGUGAAUUUUUUUCUCAGUUCUAUGAUCGAUUUUCCUCAUAUUCAAGUCUUAUCAAAACUACGGCAUAUCUGUUUCGUUGGAAAAAUUUGAAAACUUUAAAAAAUACCAGAAGCCAGAGAACUCAACUAUCAUUAACAGAAAUACGAGAUGCUGAACGAUGGAUUAUUUCCAAAAUACAACAAGAAAGAUUUGACAAAGAAAUAAAAUUACUUGCUACGGCUGAAGAUAAAGAUAAGGAUAGUACUAUAGUUCCAUUUCGGAAAAGAACUUCUUUGGACGAGUUAAAUCCCUUUCUGGAUGAAUAUGGAUUAAUUCGUGUUGGUGGUCGUUUAAAAAGGGCAAAUUUAAUUUAUAACACGAAACAUCCUCUUUUACUACCAAAUAAACAUCACGUGUGUGAUCUGUUGAUACGUGAAACUCACAACCAGAAUUUACAUUCGGGGAUUCAAACUACGAUGUACAGUCUUCGAAACCGAUUUUGGAUCUUGAAUGCGAAAAAUCAAAUUAGAAAAAUAAUUCACCAAUGUAUAGAAUGUAUUCGGCAACGACCGAAAAAAUCUCAUGCUCAGAUGGCUGAUUUACCUGAAGUAAGAGUAAACGAAGCUCCAGCAUUUUGUCAUACUGGCGUAGACUUCUGUGGUCCCUUUAUUAUAAAGGAAAAACGAUAUCGCAACAAAACAUUUAUAAAAACGUAUGGCUGUGUAUUUGUUUGUAUGGUAUCUAAAGCAGUGCAUAUAGAACUUGCUACCGAUUUGUCGACUGAAGCUUUCUUAGCGGCAUUACGUAGAUUUAUAGGACGAAGAGGAAGACCGGAGCAUAUUUAUUCUGAUAAUGGCACAAAUUUUGUGGGCGCCAAUAAAGAUUUGCAACAAAUUUAUCAAUUAAUCGAGACAUCAGAAAACCAAAAAACCAUAGAAAAUUUUGCACUUUCCAAACGUAUACAAUGGCAUUUUAAUCCGCCAUUAUCACCACAUUUUGGUGGUCUAUGGGAAGCUGCAGUAAAGGGUUUCAAACAUCAUUUGAAAAGAGUGUUACACGAUCAUAAAUUAACGUAUGAACAACUAAAUACGUUGUUAAUUGAGAUUGAGGCAGUUUUAAAUUCUCGACCACUAUAUGCCAUUUCAGCUGAUCCAAACGAUCCUUUAGUUAUAACACCGGCACAUAUAUUAAUAGGACGACCGUUUAAUUUUAUACCUGAAGAAACUAUCACUUCAGUUCCUGAUAAUCGUCUUUCGACCUAUAAUUUUAUCACUAAGGCUCGGCAAGAUUUUUGGAGUAAGUGGCAAAAGGAAUAUUUGCAUGAAUUACAACGACGACAAAAAUGGCAUGAAUCAUCGACGGAGCUCAAAGUUGGAGAUGUGGUUCUUUUGAUGGAGGAUCACGCAAUAGGAUGUUCACGGUGGCCUCUUGGAGUUAUUAUGGAGACAUUUCCUGGAAGCGAUGGANUUAAAAAAUCACCACGCCUUUGUUUAUAA